AUGUCAAGCGAUACGAUGCCCUCAAUCGAAACCCGCGCACAAGCGCCAACCGAGGAAUUAUUCAAAUACCUCACGGCCCAGGGGAACCGAAGCUAUGGCGCAGGACGUCUCACCCAGCUUGGGUAUGCUCUACAAGUGGCACAUCUGGCUCGUGAAGCAGGAGCUUAUGACAAUACGAUUGUGGCUGCACUCCUGCACGACAUUAGACAAUUCAUCCCAGUGUACGAAUAUAUGCCGGUGAUGAUUGCACCGAAUGGAUCACAGGUUGGGCGGAGAGGCCAUGCUGUAUUUGGAGAGAUAUACUUAAGAGAGUUAGGCUUCAAUGAUAAAACUUUUCGGCUCGUCGGUGCACAUGAGAUGGCGAAGCGUUACCUUACGGUAGUUGAUAAAGACUAUUAUGAUAAAUUGACUAAGAUCAGCAAGAACUCCCUGAGGCUUCAGGUGGGUGCUCCUCCAUGA